AUGGAAAUGAAAGAGAUUGCUAAAUAUAAGACGUUAUGGAAAAUGAACUCAACUACUGAACCUUUAUUUGUUACUGGUAUAGAUGUCAAUCCUAUGAAAAAAUUCACCAUUCCCAAGAUCAGGAGGACAGCUGGGAAAGUUUACUUGUCACCUUGUUGCACCAAUACUAGAGAGUAUAGUUUCAUACACGAUACUCUUAAUCAGUGCCGGCUUGAUGUAAGCUGUGAUCUACAGUCUUCAUGGCAGUUUGGUGAUACAAAACUGAUUCACAAUGAGGAGCUGGAAAAAAAUUUUGCUUCUAAGAGGUCAGAGAUGCGUGGGAGUGGAAGACACGGCAGAGAACUUGAAGAACAUUUCUGCUUUUUAGCACUUCCUCAGAGUGAUGUGGCUGAGAUAUAUCAGAAUGGAAUAAGUACCAAAACAUCUACAUUGAAGAUACUAGGCAACCCUCUUCUUGGAGUUUAUAUAUUUAGACAUGUUGAUGUGGCCUUGAAUUUUGCUCAUAGUAGAAGCAUUACUGUAGAAAGUAUUACAGUUUUUAAGGUUCUUUUUGGAAAAGUGAAGAAAAUUCAGCCUUCAGUGGAUAAAAACAAAGUUUCUUUGGAUCCUUCUCCUAACUUUGACUGCCAUAUGUCAAGAAGUAUACCCUCUUUGAAAGAUACCAUUGAACUACAAGCCUACAGUUCAGCAGUAUACCUCUAUGAAUAUGAUGAUCUUUCAAAGCCAGUAGAUAAACCUAGGCAGUGUCUUCCAUAUGCAAUAGUAACAGUAAAAUUUAUUGGUCAAAAAGUAGAUAAUGGACACCUUAUGACAUCUUUGAGAUUCCUCUCAACAGGAUUUCCUAAGAGGGCUGAAAGAACAUGGUCUCUGAAAAACUGUACAGUGGCCAAAAGAAUUGGAAAAGGAAAAGAUGCUACUGUCACCUUUGAGCGUUUCGGGAAACCUAUAGAUCCAUUUGUUCAGGAAAACUGUUCAUGCAGUGCACUAAAUUCAGAGAUAAAUCCUUACAACUCAAAUAUUUCUAACUCCUAUGGAAAUGUGCAAAAUGAAAACAUUUCUGUGCUUGAAGCAUACAGGGGACAGAUGGAGCACAAUUCAGCAGAAUGUAGAGACACUUCUCAAGUACAUGCAUAUGAUUCAGGUCUUUCAUUUAUUCCCAGUGAUACCAGAGAAAGUGUUAAUAAUGGUGACCUCUUAAAUUUGACACAUCUUAAAGAUGUUUUAAGUGGUUUGGCUGCUGCUUUUCCCCUUCAUAACAAUAUUGGCUCAAGCACAGUUAUUACUUCAAAACUCAUCAAAGACCCAAGACUGAUGAAGAGAGAAGAAAGCAUGGGAAAACAUAAUACUAUUACAGGUUUAAAUGAGAUUUUGCCAUUUGAGAAGAGUUUAGAUUUUGCUAAUUCAGAAAUAAACCUAUCAUCUAUGCCAACUAGUCCUGCCUCGUCAUCUGAAGUCAUGCCUGGUGAUCAGACUGUUCUUACUAAUUAUUUGGAUGCCCCUUGCUUCAAAAUUUCUUUGAAUGAUUCACAAACCCAGGCUCACAACAUGGGCUCUAAGACCUAUGAUUGUACAGCUCCCAAUAAAAUUACCAUGGCAGAACAGUGUAAGAGCCAGGAUAAUUUUUCCUUCCCAAUGUGUGUGCCAAAUGUAGUCUCAGAAGUUGAAACCCAAAAACACAGUGGAGAAAAAGCUCAGAGAUCCCAGCAGAGAAGCAACAUUCCACUUUUAAUUGAACAAAAUAGUGAGCCACAUGACUCUUACGAAUCAGUGAAUACUUGUACCAAAGGGUGUAAUAGUCACAUCUCUCCAGAAUCACAGUCUUCUAAUUUUAAAACUGUAUAUCAGACUGGUCACCAGAUGCCUACACUUUUUCCACUCCAAAGCAAAGAAAGCAUACGUGAGUACAUUCAAGAUAUUGGAAAGAUGAGAAACUUCACUGGGCCAGAAGACGAUUCCAAACAUGAAGAAAAGCAAAAUUUAUGGAAAGAAAGUGAUAAUUCUUUUACUAAUAAAACAAAAAUCAGUCCAGUAGAUAGUUACAUUUCUUUGCAUCAAGAGUACAAAGAGAAUGAGAAUCUUGAUUAUUUGGUGGAAAAUUGUGAUCAAAUAUUAAUUACUCAAGGGUUAGAAAAGCCAAAAUCUUUCUCAUCUACCACAGAGGAGAAGUAUGAGCUAGAUCAUCUAGUAUUGGGAAUACAAAAUCAUCUUACUCCAAGACUGGAGAACCUUCCACAAAAGCAUCCUCAGCACUCUUUAGAGUACAAAGAUAACAUUCAUACAAGUUUUACCAUUUCUCAAAAACUAAUGGAACUGAAAUUGGAAAAACCAGGUCAAAACUGUGUUAGUGUUAUGACUGAUGCUUUCCAGGAAGCAAAAGACAUUCUCCAGGCCAAACAACUGCCGGCUGUUACUUCAUCUCAUGACAUUAAAACAGCUCAUAAUGCAAAUUGCAGCAUAGCUAGAGAACAUAUAUGUGUUAAAAGGAGAAAUGGAAAUGAUCCAGUGUCCUUAGAGAACAGUGAAAGAGACUGCAAAGAAAAUUCUCAAGUUAACAAUAAAGGUCAAGAUCACACUCAGUUCUGUAAUUCACAGUUGAACAGUGAUGUGCACCUGAAUAUUGAUUGCAGAGAACAGAGAGAUAAUGAUAAAGAAAACCAGAAUGAGGCUGAAGUGGAAGACAUUGCUUUGUCUACGGAAAACAACAUAAGGGAUAUACGUGGAGAUGAGAAGCAGAGUUUUCAUGCAAACAAAAAUUUUACCACUGUAGAUGAAAGGAGGGAGAAUAAAGAUUACAAUAGCAUAGAAAUUCUGAGUUCUGAAGAAUUUUCUACUACAUUUAAUUUGACUUGGGGAAAAAAAUAUGUGUCCACAGAAUCUACAUUAUUAGAAAAUGAAGAUAUUGUAACUGCCAUAAAAGAAAAAGAUAUUCAAAAUACUGGAAGGACUGUAGAGCAUUUGGUUUCCACAACAUUUCCCAAAAUUGCAGGUUCUUCAGGGCAUAUAGCCUCACAUGCUGCAGUUCAGAUAGCUGAUGCUCCAGUGCCUGCGUUAGGCACAAAUCUCAAAGAUCACCUAAGAUACCAGUUUAAAGAAACUUGUUCUUCUGAGAGUCCAGAUUUUGGUUUGUUAGUAAAAUAUAGGGUUUCUGAUUGUGAAACAGAUAUGGAUAAAAAUCAAUUACACAACUCAUUUCGUCAGUCAGUAAGUGACAACUCAGUUCUUCAAAGCGUCAAAUUGGAUAAUGAGAUUGAAGUAGGAUCAGAACGGAGUGACAAUGCUUUUCUAUUUCAACAGGACGCUCAUAGCCAUGGAAAUGUACUCUAUGAAGACUUCGGGGCUUCAUACGAGGCUCUGAAGUCUCGCAUCGAUUGGGAAGGUCUGUUAGGAAGCACUAAUGGGGAGACAGAAGUUUUGAAAAGCACCACAAGGAGGGAGAAUAGCGAUCAGCAUUGCUCUGAGGAAAGUAGUUUUUAUUUCUCUACAGCAAAAAACAAAGCAGAGCUCUUCAACCCAAUUUUACUUCCUGAUCUAGAAGUUAGGAUUACUAAUGUAUUUAUGCAAGGAUUCAGUCCUGCUGUUGAAUCCCUUGCAUUGAAAGAUAAUUUCUGCAAAUAUAGAACUGAAGCCAUAAAAUCAGAAAUAAAGGAGGAGGAGGAGGAAGUUCCACGAUUUGAAAUUCAUUCCCAGUGUUCUGGUGAAAAUUCACAUCAUGCAUCUGAAGGUGAAUUUGGUAAUGUAAGGCAAGAAUCAGGACUAGUGAGUAAAUCUGAAACCUCACUUUCUUUUGACUUGAGUCAUAAUACACACGUGAAUCAUGUGUCUGAAAAGCAAAACAAGGGACCUUUGCUUACUGAACCUUCUGAUGUCACAACAGUAAAUAACGAAAGCAGGCGUUCCUUUACAAAGUCAAAAACCGAUUGUAAUGAUACUAGAAGUAAAAAGGACACAGAAUCAAGAAUUAGCAAAAGAAAGCCACAUACACCUUUUAGGGACCAGAAUAUACCACGUAAAGAUUUAAGACAUCACGAAAUUUGUGGGAAGAGGGGGAGGCUAACCAGUCAGGACUCGUCGGAACGUUUUUCUUCGUUAUCCCAAGGACGAAUUGAAACCUUUUCACGGUCAGAAAAACACAUUAGGAGUGUCCUGGAUAUUCUAACUAGCGAAGCAUCUUUAUGCAAAAGCAGAUGUCUUUCCAGAAAACUUGACAGAGCUGUUCUUCACUUAAAAAAAGCUCAUAGAAGAGUUCACACGUCUUUGCAGCUUAUAGCUAAAGUGGGAGAAAAAAGAAAGGGCCCUUUACCAAAAGCAUAUGCAGUAAUAUGCAAUAAUUUCUGGGAAAGUUGUGACCUUCAAGGUUAUAGUUCUGUGUCUGAAAGAAGAUAUUACUCCACUAAGCAAUUUUUGUCAAAAAGAAAAUACGACAAACCUGGAAAGAACAGGGCUUUGGGAUUUGAAGUUGAUAAAUCAUUAACUCAUGUAUCAAACCACAAGUCUUAUAAAACAAGUGGCGAGAGAGUCACAAAUUGCCUUUCUAAGAAAAAUGUGUCCGGUGUCUCCAGAAGUCCCACCACUAUUCGCGUGAGAGGAUAUUGUGAUCGAGAGUAUCCUGAAUCACAGUUAGCCCUCUGUUCCACGGCCCAAAGUGCAAGUCAGUCAGCUUAUAGCACUAGCAGUUUGAGAAAUCCCAGAUCAUCAGAACUUCAGCCCUUUUCUAGAAAAACUGGGUGUCUCUCUUCCCCAGACUGCCCAGAUGAGAAACUAACUAAAAAAGAAAAUCAAAUCGAUGCAGAGUUUUUAUCUAACGUUAGUAAAUAUGAAAAGCUUAAGAACCAUUCAGCACAUGGUAAUAUUAAGGGUACAACAAAAGAAAACAAUUCUGAAGCUAAUGAAGUAAUAAGUAAAAGGAAUUCAGUAUCUUUAACUUGCAUAAAAGAAAGCAACGUAAAUUUUAACGUGGACAAAAAUUAUGAUGCAACUUGUAUAGCCCACACAAAGGUGAAAACUGAUAUAGUUAUUUCAGUCUUAGAAUCAAGUGUGACGCAUGUUUUUAACAUUGAUAUCGACAAGCCAAAAAGCCUUAUUUUAUCUGGUUAUACAAGAAACCUGGAAGUAAAUUUUCCUGUAGAAAAAUGGACACCUCCUAAUGAGAGCUCCAAACCAGGCAUUAUAACAGAAAACUUCCUUAUGGACCCAUUAAAUCUAACUCUGAUAAAAAGCAAAAAGUGUAACAGUAUUCCUCAAUUGUUAUCAGCCACUCUAGUGACAGACAGUGAGGGAGAAUCUUCACAAUCUUACCUGAAUAAACAGAGCAUUUUUGCUGUAGAUUCUUCAGCAAUGUCUACCAUUGUACCACACUGUCAACGAGGAUGUGCUGGAAAGCAGCUGCUAAAGACAGAACAUUGCUCUUCAAGUAAUUGCUUCCACAUAGACAGGAAUGGAACAAAUGUUAUUGAGAAUUCUGAGUUGGAUUUCACAUCAGUAACUGAAGAAAGUAAGGACAAUAUGAUGAAGAAACUAUUUUCCAAUGAUAGUUUUCUGCUCUUAAAAGAUAACAUAAAGGGUUCUUCUUCCCCAAAAUGUAUUGCAAAGAAAGACAUUCAGGACAGAAAAAUGUGGAAAGAUAAACAAGCAGAGAAAGCAAAAGAUUCAUUUCAUAAAAACAUGACUGAAGGAUCAAGUGUUAAGACUGAGUACAAAAAUCAAAAGAAUAAGACAUUAGAAGAAUCCGCCUACUUAAGUGAGAAAACAGUUAAAAACAACUUGAUUGAUUCUCAUUUAAGCAUUAAAGAUGCUACUGAGGCAGUCUCUUUGAGUAACACUGCUUCUAAUCAGCUUAACAAAAGAGAGAAAGAGGAGGGAAAAGUUAGUCAUGACUCUCAGUCUGACUCCACAAUGCACUCAGGAAGAGCCUGUAAUUCCAAACCAGGCAUUACAGGAAUGAAUCAUAUGCCUCUUCUACAUGCCCACUCUGAAACCUCCAGCGUCUCUCCUCCUCCGAAGAUGCCUACAUCAUACAUGAAUGAAUUAAAAGAAGAACAUUGCUCAACUAAUAAUUUGGCUUCUAUAGCUAAGAUAGCUCAAAUUUUGAAGAGGGCAGAUGAAGCAUCAUCUUUGCAGAUUCUACAGGAAGAAACUAAAGUUUGUCAAAAUAUUCUCCCUUUAUUUGUUGAAGCUUUUGAAAGAAAACAAGAAUGUUCAUUUAAACAAAUCUUGAUUUCAAGAGACCUGUUGGUAGAACAAAACCUGUGGAAUAACUGCAGACACAAAUUAAAACCAUGUGCUGUUGACUCCUUGGUAGAACUCCAAAUGAUGAUGGAAACUAUUCAGUUCAUUGAAAACAAAACAAGGCUCUUAGGAGGUGAGCCAACAUUCCGAAGCUUGCUUUGGUAUGAUGAGACAUUGUACAGUGAGCUGCUUGGCAGACCACGUGGGUUUCAACAACAAUCCAGUUUCUAUCCUGCUUUUCAAGGCAGGUUAAAAUAUCAUGCAUUCUGUGAGUUGCAAAACUAUCAUGAUCAGUUGGUUGAAGUGUUUGAAGAAACCAAAAGGGAAAACAGUUCAUACUACAUGUUCUUAAAAUACAAACGACAGAUUAAUGAGUGUGAGGCAAUAAUGAAACAUUGUUCUGAUUGCUUUGACUUUUCUCUUUCUGUUCCGUUUACCUGUGGAGUUAACUUUGGAGAUAGUUUAGGAGACCUAGAAUCCUUGAGAAAAAGUACAUUAAAUCUGAUCAGUAUGUAUGGGGACUCUCCCCAAAAUGAUUCCUGUCCAGGAAAACAAGACCAUCUAUGGAUUAUUAUAGAAAUGAUCUCCUCAAAAGUUAAUUUUAUCAAGAGCAAUGAGGCAGUAGGUAUUAAAAUAUCUCUUUAUGGUCUGGAACAUAUCUUUUUUGAUGCUGCAAAAAGUCUCGUUUGGAAAGAAAAGAGAGAGUCUUUCUGCAAAAAAUACUCAGGAAAGAACAGCAAAGAAAUACUACUCAAAAUGAAUCAACAUGCUUUUUCUAAGUUGCAGAAGAUAUGUGAUACGUUGUCUAAAGAUUUAAGCAGUGAACGCAUUUCCAGUACUGGGCUUGAGAAGACUAUGAUUGCUUCCAGAAAGUCAAAUGCUCUAGUAAACAAAGCAACAAUUAGCAUAGAAAACUCUAGGUUUAACAGUACUUUGCUUUCACAUCCAGAUAUCUGUUGUAUUAGUGAAAUAUUGGAUCAAGCUGAAUUUGCAGACUUUAAAAAACUACGGGAACUCACUUUGAGAUGUACCGAUCACUUAGAAAUUUUAAAAAAAUACUUUCAGUUGCUGCAAGAAGAUAACAUAGAUAAUAUUUUUAUCACACAAGAAAAUGUUUUGGACAUGGUGAAAAACCAGAACCAUGGGGCAGUAAUUUUAAAACCUGCGGCCAUUGAAACCUAUAUUGAAAUCGUCAUGCUCUCAGAAACAGUUCACUUUCUUAAAAACUCAAUGGCAAAGAAACUAGACAAACAGAGGUUUCGAGGUAUGCUUUGGUUUGAUUUGUCACUUCUUCCUGAACUGGUUCAGUGCCAAGAAAAAAUGACUUCUUUCUCAUUUCUUAAAGAUGAUUCAACAGAUUGUCUUUGGAAAGUGAUAGAGACUGCUAUUUCUGAACUUAAGAAAGAUCUGGAUAUUAUCUACAAAUAUAAUGAAGCUGUUAAUUGCUCCUAUGCUCUUCAUUUGCUCUCAAGAGAACUUGAAGAACUUUCAGAAAUAAAAAAACUUCUAAAGGAGUCUAAGUAUUCCGUUUCCACAUACAUUGACUUUGUGCCCUGUAUAGCAUCCAUAAAUUACGGAAGCACUGUGACAGAGUUAGAAUACAACUACAAUCAGUUUUCCACCCUGCUCAAAAAUGUAAUGGCUGUCCCUCGGAAGGACUUAGGGAAAAUGGCCCAUAUUACGAAAGUCAUGAAAACUAUUGAACAUAUGAAGAUAAUAUGUGCUAAAGAUGCUAAAUUAACCAUUUCCUUUAUCCUGUGCCAAAUGCGACAUAACAGAAAGAAGACUUUCCACCUGGAGAGAAAGGAAGAAAUGAAUAUUCAUGUAGAACCUAGGAAGAAUAUCAACAAGUCCAGUACUUGUGUGAAGGUGCCCUCAAUUUCAGAGUGCAUAAUGAAAAACGUUUCAAAUUCCUCUAAAAAACGGCCUUUCACUGUAGACAAAUGUGAAGACCCUCAGGAGCAAGAGGAAUAUACUACCGUUUCCAGUUGUAAAAAACAAAAGGUUAGCAUGAAAGAUGUCACAAAGAUCAACAGAGAAAAGGCAACAUUCAAGCAUCCAAGGACUAUGAGAUCUCAUCCCGAAAGUGAAAAUGAUAUAGGACCAAGUUCAUCUGACAAUCUGAAAAGAAACCAUGUCUCUCCAAAAAAAGUUGAAAUUCAGCGAUCACUACCUGGCUCACUUUUACCUUUAAAGAACCUAAAAGACACUUGUAUGUCAAAGUUAAAGGGCAAAAUAGAUUUAACUAAUAUUUCAUCUGCUACUUCAGAAGAUUUCAGUGGACAACAGGGAAACUUAAAUAACAUGAAGGAAAGAAAUGUAAAUUUUAGUGUUGCUGAAACAAAAAGUGAAGAUUGUUCUCCUUUGGCAAUUUUUGACCAAAAACGUGUAGAUGGCACAUUUUCAAAAGACCAGGAGAUACCUUCUCAGAAAUUUCUUAAGAAUUCCUCAGAUCCUGCAGAGAAAUCUUGUCCCUCAGACAUAAAACCAGAAACUGAUGCUUCUCUUCUGCCUAAUGCAUUAGUGCUCUCAAAGCCUAUUUUCUAUUUUGUGAGGAAUAUCGAUGCCAAUUUAGAAAUGAAUGACACUGACUUUGAACCUCAAGAUAAUGAAAUAUUAAAUUCAUCCAUUAAAAAUUCUACGUGCACCCGUUCUCCAGAACCCAUACGUAUCCAGAACAAAAUUCCUGUUCCAAAUAAAACACAACCUGCAAAAACUGAGUCAAAAGAAAAAUAUAGGAAGGGUACAUUGAGUUCCAAUACAACACCUGUUGAAGCAUCUGAGAACAUGACCCUUAAUGUGAAUCAAACAGUAGAAUACUCUUUUUCUGAACAAUAGAAUUCAAAAGUUUUAACUCAGAAUGCUGCCACAUAUUGGAAUGAAAUUCCACAGUCUGCAUGUGCCCCAGUAUAUAAUUCUUCUGAGCAGUCAUUUGGAACUUCAUAUCCUUACUUUGCUUGGUGUGUUUAUCGUUACAGCAGCAGCAAUGGCAGUUCCAUUACCCAGACAUACCAGGGAAUAACAUCCUAUGAAGUACAGCCACCUCCUUUCGGAAUGUUGACUGCAGUUACAAGUACUGUUCAAAAUACACAUUCUAAUCUGUUGUACUCUCAAUAUUUUGGUUACUUUGCUGGGGAACGACAAGCAAAUGACUUUGUGCCAGUGAGUGGACAUUUUCCAUCUCAAAUGCCUGUUUACAAUUUUCAGCAGCCAAUUUUUUCACAGUAUGUUUCCCAUCAAUCGGUCGCUGCAUACCCUUGCUCUCCUGAUUUGGGUGUGCUUCCAGAAGUUCCUUGGAUUCCAGUUCCAUGGUAUCAAGAAGCCUUUCAGCCAGGACAUUGA